UUCUCGAAAUCAAUAAAAAAACGCAGGUGAUACGGAGAAAAGAAAAAAAUGAACAGACGGCGUCGUUUCAAAGCCAAUGGCCUUCGGGUAUCAUAGGCCCAGCCCACUAGCCCAGGCCUGAAACCCAAAACCGCCUUUUUCGCUGUGUUUUUUUUAACUUUUAAUCAGUAUUAUUAUUAUUAUUAUUAUUAUUAUUAUUAACCCGUCUGUUAACUGUUCUCUCUUGCUGCGAAACAAUGAAAUCGUCGUCGUCUCGCCGGAGAAGAAGCCGAGAGAAAUUGGUGGGGAAGGUAAAUUGGCCAUCGGUCCAUGGGAAAACCUGUCCAAUAUGCUUGGAAAACCUCGACUUGAGAAGCUCGGCGGUUCUCAGCGACUGUAAACACGCUUACUGCUUGGGAUGCAUAGGAAAAUGGAGCAGAUUGAGACGGAAAUGCCCUCUCUGCAACGCCGACUUCAACUCUUGGUUUUCCCAUAUUAGCCUUUCUUCUGGGAGCUUCCACAAACAGCAUUUACCACCUCUAAUUGACACUUCCAGGAAAAAGCCCCGAUUCCAAGAACAACAUCCUCCUCAACGGAGUGUGAUAAAUGGUGUACACAGUCGAACAAGGCCAUUGCCAUGGCGGAGAUCUUUUGGACGGCCAGGAUCUGUUGGUGAUGAUGUUCUUGCUGCGAGAAAACUUCGAUGGCGUGCGAGUAUUUACGAGAAACGCUUGGAAGCUGUUCCUUUAUCUCAUGAACAGAACAUAUUAGGAAAUAAUGGUGUUAAAGAAAGAAUUUUGCGAAGAAUAGAACCAUGGAUAAGGAGGGAGCUGCAGGCUAUCCUGGGGGACACAGAUCCAUCUAUUAUUAUUCAUGUGGUUGCCUCAGUAUAUAUUUCAUUCCUUGAAUUGAGGGUUCAUACUGCUUCGCCACAGCUUGAUAUGGGAGAUAACUUCCUUGCACCCUUACUGCCUUUCCUGUUGGACAGAACAAAUAUGUUUUGGCAUGAAUUAAGGUGAGUCAAGCAACAGAGCUGGUUGGAACGCAACUAGUAAUGACCAAAUGCUUAAAGUUUGGCACUGCACCUCUUUCCAUUUCCCACGUUUUUAUCACCAUAGAAUCCAUUUUAAUAACUUCCAGUUGAGGAAACUCACCUGCCAUGAAACUGAUUAUCUUUUUCUAGGACGUGCCAAACUGUUCAAUGGAAUGCCUACAUCUUUCAACUUCAAAAUCCGAAGGUUAGCAAGUUUUCCAAGGAUUCAGAAGUGCUUCUCCCAUAAUGGUUGUCACGAUGAUGGUCAUCUUGGUCACUGUUUGUGGGAGGAUAUUAUUAAAACUGUGAUUACGAUGAGACCACCAGGAAAGGUAAACACUCAAUAAUUCUGAUGCUUUAUAGUUGGUCCAACGUUGGAUUUCAUUACCUACACAGAAAAAGUGCAGUUUAUUUAGAUUGGGGAAUAGGGACUUUCUUAUGAGAAGUUCGGUUUUCUGAUUGAUAAUUAGACAUGGAAGGGAUUAUAGGUUCCCAAAAGCUGCAAUACCUAUUAUUCUCCCUGCUGGGUCAGGUAAAUGAAAUCCUCCACCUACCAUAAACCAUAUAUAUAUAUAUAUAUAUAUAGAUAUAACAUCUACAGCCUCGAGAGCCACGUCCCUUAUUUGGUUUAUUGUCUCCCUCACCACUUUACAUCGGAGUCUUUAAGGAAGGUAUUGAUGAUUCCCAGAUCAUCUUGAAGUAAACAGACUUGAUCCUUCACUUCAAGGAGCAAAUUUGGUUCAUGUCCAAGCAGCUUUGUGAAAUUCUCCAUAAAAACAGGAACAACGAUAUCUGCCAUUUUUUCUCCACUCGGCUCUGAGAUCUCACAAAAUUUUCAAGAUUCUUGGAGUUCUCUGAACAAUGUAUUUACACCAAACCAUAUGAUAUAUUCAUAUUCAUAUUCCUUUGGAACUUGUCUAUCAAUGAGAAAAUGGAUGAGGCUUUCAAAGCAGCUUAGCUAAUUGUUUAUUAAUUAAAAUGUUGUAGCUUGCUUAAUUGGUAUCAUUGGAAAUGAAGAAUGAGACAAGCUUUAUAGGA